AUGGUUAGAUGUUCUUUGUCAGAAGGUGCUUUAGUACAGAAAAAGCAUUAUAAUGAUGAUUCUACUAAAAGGAAAAAAUCUAAAGAAAAUAAAGUUAAAAAAGAACAACAAAAAAUGAGUAUUUGUAGUCAAAUAUAUCCAGUAAUUGAACAAAGAAAGGAAAAUAGUAAUAUGGCUUUUGAAGAUAACAAAGAUAGUAAUGGCAGAUUUGUUGUCGAACCAGUAAUUUCAACAAAAAGGCGGAAUUUGAGCUCCGGACAAUUAUUUCCCUCGGUUAGAGCAGUUCGUAGAAAUGCAUUUGCUUUAAUGCCUUGGAAAACAAUUAGCGAUAGUGAUGAAAGUUCUGAGGCAGGUACUUCCCCUCCGAAAAAAAUUUCUUGUCCAGACCUAAAAAUGGCAACUAUACAUUCACAAUGGGGGCCUUUUGACCAUCAAUUAUCUCUAUCUAGAAAUAUUUCUGAGUAUGUUCGUUCAGUAAAAAGAAAAUUAAGAAUGAUGCAAAAUAAACAUUUGGCAGAACCUGUUGAUUAUGAUUUACAUGAUGAUGAACGUAGAGAAUGGGAAUUAGCUAAAUUAUGUGAGGAAAUAGAAAUUGAAGAAAAAUUAAUUGAUCCUGCCCCAUUUCAAGUAAAAAAUAAAUUGAAAAUAAUAUUUAAUUUUAAUCUCCAAGUUGGUAAGAAGAACAUCAGUUUAUAA